GAGAAGUCAAGAUUCCAGUUGUUGUAGUAAUGGUUGGAGGUGGACCUGGAACUCUGAAGUCAGUGUAUGAUUCAAUAUCACGCAACAUCCCAGUUGUAAUAGUAAAGGAUUCUGGUCGAGCAGCAGAUAUUAUGGCAGAUGCUUACCAAACAAAACUCGAAAAUUCAAAUGAAGAAGAUGAAGACAAAAAUGACAGGAAACUGAAAACUGAUAUCAGAGAGCAAAUUAUUAAAGAAUUUGAAAAGGAAUUGAAAGGAAAAGGGAUAGAUAACUUGGUUGACUAUGUGUUGAUGUCCCUAAAACGACCAAACUUGCUGACUGUUUAUGAUAAAGAUUCAGAGAAAGAAUUUGAUCUAACAAUGUUCAAAGCUGUAUUCAAGGCAAAGAACAACAUAGAAAAUAUGAGGCUCGGAUUGGCAUGGAACAAACCUGAUGUUCUAAAACGUCUAAUAUCUGAAAGAGAAGCUCCCUGGGAAGAUGUAAAGAAAUGGAUUCAGGAAAACAUAAAAUUGAGAAACCUUAGAGACGAAGAGGCAUCAAAUCCCUGUGAUGCAUUUGGUGAGGUAAAGUUUGUAGAACAUGAUCAGAAAAUUGCAAAGUUUGUUCGUGUGGAUCACCAAACCCCCAUGGAUAUUAUAAUUAAUUUGAUAAUAUAUCAUUGGAAUUUCUCAUGCCAAACUUACUUAUUUCUGUGAUUGGGGGAAGAGAAGACGUCCAGUUGAAUGAACCUACUAAAGAAGCUCUUGGGCACAGUUUAGUUAAAGCUGCAAGAACAACAGAUGCCUGGAUCAUAAGUGAAGGUUUACAUAGUGGAGUUGUGAAAUAUAUUGGGGAAGCUAUAUCUGAUAAUGAAAAUAAAGUGGCUGACAUGAAAAAAGUGAAAACCAUUGGUAUUGCACGGUGGAACUGUGUACAAAACAAAGAAUCCCUAGUGAAUAAGGAGGGAUUGUGGCCUGCAAACUAUUCUAAUGGAGGAGAGUACGCCUUGGAUCCUAAUCAUACACAUUUUAUCCUUGUUGAUGAUGGUACCAACGACACUUCUGGGGUAGAACUUGAAUUCAAAAAACAGUUAGAAGAUACUAUUUUACAAAUCAAAAGGCAAAGUAACACGAUUCCAGC